GGUGAGACGAGGAGAAAAAUGCCAUUUGAUGUAGAUUUUUAUUGUGAAAUAGGCACUGAAGUCCUAAUGGGGUAUUUCUACAGAUUAUUUACGCACAUUUUCAUUUUUUAAAAGUCACAUCUUGACUAAAAAGAAAAAACUAAACUCAAAAUGGAUUUCUUAAAUAUCUCCGGCUUGGAGGACGGGAUGGAGGCAGAAAAUAUCUCCUUUAAUUCCACCUCUCAGAGCCAGUACAGCCAGCUCGCUAUCUGGGGUCUGGCUGGACUUGUCAGCUUUCUGAUUUUGUUUACAAUAGUCGGGAACGUCUUGGUUGUUAUUGCCGUUUUAACCAGCAGAGCUCUGAAACCACCCCAGAAUCUUUUUCUCGUCUCUCUGGCCAGUGCGGACAUACUGGUGGCUACCCUGGUCAUGCCCUUUUCUCUGGCAAAUGAACUUAUGGGCUACUGGUUUUUUGGUAAAAUCUGGUGUGACAUCUACCUGGCUCUGGACGUUUUAUUCUGCACCUCUUCUAUUGUUCACCUGUGCGCUAUAAGCUUGGACAGGUACUGGUCAGUGACACAGGCGGUCGAGUAUAACUUAAAGAGAACACCCAAAAGAGUUAAAGGGAUGAUUGUGGUGGUCUGGUUGAUCUCAGCCGUCAUCUCCUUCCCACCACUGAUAUCAAUGGACAGGAGCAGCAGUGAGACCAACCCCCAGUGUAUUCUGAAUGAUGAGACCUGGUAUAUCCUCUACUCCAGUAUUGGAUCGUUCUUUGCCCCCUGUGUCAUUAUGAUUCUGGUCUAUAUUCGGAUCUACCAAGUAGCAAAGACCAGGACCAGGACAAUGUCCGAGAAGAAGAGAGAUGUGGACUCGCCGCUGGAGAAUGGGAUGGAUCAAGCUGAACCAGGAAAAGGUGGCUCGUUAAAGUCCAGCAGGGGUGGAAGCAUGAAAGAUCAGGAACGUGAGAAUGGGCACUGCAAAGAGCAUGCCGUUGGGUCCUCCUUACCAAAUGAGCCGAAACAUCCAACGACAGACCACGAUGACGACUUCGACGAUAGCAGCUCAUCAGAUGAGAAACCUAAAAAGACCACUACCAACAAACACCACCAUGAUGACAGGAAAGACAGGAAGUCCAGCCGGAAAAGCAGCUCCACUUCUAAAUACUCCAGCAGGAAGUCACGUUCCAGUUCCAAAUCCAUGGAGCUGUUCUCGUCUCGCCGCAAACGCCGGAGCACCGUUAAUCGAAAGAAGGUCUCUGCCGCUCGAGAGAAACGCUUCACGUUUGUACUCGCAGUGGUCAUGGGUGUAUUUGUCGUGUGCUGGUUCCCAUUUUUCUUCUCCUACAGCCUGUACGGAAUCUGCCGGGAGCCGUGCAAGGUCCCAGAGACACUGUUCAAGUUCUUUUUCUGGAUUGGCUACUGUAACAGCUCAUUGAACCCGGUCAUCUACACCAUCUUUAACCAGGACUUCCGCAGAGCCUUCCAGAAGAUCCUCUGUAAGUCAUGGAAACGCUCUUUCUGAAAGUGUCCUGCACGGAUGCAGCUAUAAUAGACAUUUUAACCAGCAGGCACAUAUUUAAACUGUUCUGAGCAGUAGGAUAAAGCGCUGGCCUGAGGUGCUUUAACACCUUUUCUUUCAGGGAUUGCACUAAAAAUGAAGGGGACGCUUAACGGAUCAAAGGAUUGAACUAAGGUGUAGGAUAGGGGUUUAAAAUACAAGCGUAAGCGCUCUGAUAAUAUUCACAGAGGAGGUUUUCAUUGAACAGCAGGCUGCUUUUGGACUCUGAUGAGGGCUUCACCCCCCCCACCCCCCACUCUGACUUAUGCUCCCUUCAUUUAAAUACAAUAAAGUGAUUCAUAACAGUUUCUGUGAUGCAUGCACACCACAGUAGCUGCACUUGGACAAACUGCACAGGAGUUGAAGGGUUUACAGAGACACUUGAUUUAAAAUGUGACCUCAUUCACUGAGUAUACUGCGAAGGCCUUGACAAUCUCCACACAACCGUUUUUUGUGAUGUUGGAUAGUCGUAUCUAUCUUCUCUCUUUCUCUUACUCUUUUCUUUACCUUUCUAUUACGUCACACUCUCAACAUAAGGACCAAUGGGAUGAAGGGGCUCCUUGCUUACUGUUUCAGUAGCAAAACGUUUCACUAAAAAAUGAAAAACUCAAAAACUACAAAGUCAUAAUACUGCUUCAGUGUACUGUGUGAGGAAAAAAAGUGUCUCAUCAUGGAAAUGCAGUGGAAACUUUUCAUCAGGUCGUGUGUUUUUUGUGAACUCGUACGUGUAGCUUGGACUUGGCCUGGAUACGAUGGCAUGUACAGUACAGUGGGCAUUUUCUUCUCCGAGGCAUGUGUUUGCACCUUCCUCUAUCCUUUGAGAAAAUAGAUGGAACACAGAAGUACUCACUGAGGCUUUCACUGUGUGUGUGUGUGUGUAUGUGUGUGUAUGUGUGAGUGCGUUUGUGUGAAAGAGAAAGAGGAAACAAAGUGUAUAACAUGUGGAACUGUGUUGUGAUGAAGUGAGCUGGAGAGUUUACUGCAUAUUAUCCCAACUGCCAGUCACUGAUAGCCUGUAUGUGUGUGCGUGUGUGUGUGUGUGUGUGUGUAUGCCUGCUUUCAGUAAAUGGCCUGAUUCUCUCUGGUCAAGUGUCUUUCUAUUCUCCUCCAUCCUAUUUUCUGUCGCACGUCUUUCCUCUCCACCUUACAGCCACAAAACGCACUUAGCCAUAGUAAAAACCAAACACCCUGUCUCUGUUUCCAUGUCUGCUGCUUGCACCACAUAUAAGAACGUACAUACACAUUAUUAUAACAUACACAAAGACAUAAAAAUGACUUAUUGUCAAUAUUUUCAUCUUUACAUUACAAGCAUUUAUAGCCGGAAGGACUAAUGCUUUUUUUUUCUCUUGUAAAUAAGUGAAGACAGUACAGUAUUAUUGUGUGGUGCCUCAUAAUCACACAUGUAUGAAUUAAUAUGAUAAAAAAUGUAUUGUUUGUAUAAUGAACAACGCUGAAAGAUUUUCAUGUCACAUCAACCUCUGUCCUUUUCUAAUGUUUCAGAAAAAAGAACAAGCAUUUACUUCUCUGCUUUGAGCACAUUCGAAAAAGAUCAAAUAAAGAGAUCACUUCAGCUGUCCUUUGAAGACUGCAAGAGUGCAUGACUGCAUUCUUCAUUACUGUUAAUGUUUAUAUAUUUUUGUACUGCUGUGCCACUGUAGUUUAUUAUGUGUCACUGAUGCUGUCACUGGUGUGACUCAGAACAUAUGAGUAAUGAUCUUUUUUUAAAGUGCUAUUAUUUUGAGGGUAGACUCCUUGGAAGGCUGUUGUUCAGACUCGAGAGUUACGGUGAAGAAUAAUCCAGCCAAAGAAUGUACUGAAAAUGGAAACUGUAUCAAACUGUAUCUCACUUUGUUUAACAGAAAAUAUUUUCAGCACAGAAAAUACAUAUUAGGUUAUGAUUUUAGUGAUUAUUAAUGAAUCAGACUUCAAUUUAAAGUGAGACUAUGUAACUUUUGCCAAACAGUGGCCACAAGUGAAAAUUAUGGGAUAAUCCUAAAUACUAGAACCUACUUUAACAGUGGAUAACAGUCAUGAAGUCAGUAAACUGACUCCGUAACAUCCAUUAUGCAGCAAUACUUACCUGAAGUUUGCUAACAUUAGCCACCAUAAGCUACUGGUCAUACCAGACCAAGUAAGCCUGUAGCAGCAUUCAUUUUAAUUGUAAUUUGUAAAAGAAUGAAUGUGCUAUUUCUUCUUUCAAAACUUUCAUAGUCUCGCUUUAAGAGUUGUCUAAUGCACACUUGGUAGACAGAUGCAUGGGAAACUGAAAUCACGCAAAAGAAAUAAAAUAAAUUGUAUUAAAACUCCAAAGAUUUGGUCACAGACCUUCGUCAGGCAUCAAUCUCUAUGGAUUUUACGAUCUGUAGAAUACAAUAGAAAAAAAGAGACUUGGACUGUUGUUUAGUUCUUCCUCCCCCUGUCUACCACUUGAACGUCUCUUCUUGAUGAAAAUCACUUACUGUAUAUUGUGAUCCAGUAUCUGCUAUUUCUACUUUUCUUGUCUCAUUGUAAUUAUCUCAUUUUAGGGAAUUCUUUUUUGGCUGAGGUGAUGUAAUUAUCUUGCGUUUGUUAGUGGUGAUUGCAGCCAGAGGUUCUAGUAUAAAGACUGUUUAAUAUUGUGAACCAGAUGCCUGACAAAGGACGGACUAUGACCAAAAUGUUGCAUUUUCAAUUAACUUAUUGUAAACAGAACGAAAGUCAACACUUUCUAAUAAAUCAUAUUUGCAAGAGCUAAGAUUAGACUGUACCCACAAAAAAAUUAUACAAAUGAGAAAUAUUUAUAACGAGGAUCGAAAUAGGAAAUAUUCAGCUAAGAUUGCUGAGUGCCCCUUCUAGACUAAAAGAGACAUUUUGAAGUCAUUGGUAAUUACAGUUUACGCACAACUUUCACCAAAGUUAGAAUCAGGAUCAAAACAAAGACUUCUGAAGCAUCUAAGAUUUCUAAUGUGAUUUCCGCUCUCCCUGCAAAUGUCUUUCACCACAUUACUGAAGAAUUGUUUCAGGAAACAACUUAUCAGGAACCUUGUAUUGUCUGCCCAGACUCUGAUUUAGUUUAUCAAAGAUGUUCACUGUUCAAAUGGUGUGGCAGAAACAUUUUUCUCCUGUUCAAAGACAGUUCUGGUUCUCCCACUGUCUGAAACCCUGUAGCAGUUUGUAGGUGUAGACAGUAUCUUUUCUUCCCUGCUAGUACAUCAUUUAUUGUAUCCUCCAGAGAUGUUACUGUUUUGUUUGCUGACCAUACUAUAUUUGUAUGCAGUGGAGUACCCAGGAGUGCUUUCAUAAAGCCUGUCAUGAACAAACUGUGUGGUUGCAUCAAAUUAAAUCUAACCUCAUGGUUUCAUUUUUA